AUGUGGGAGUGUAGAUGCAAACAUAAGGAAGAGAUGAACAAAAGUAGGAAAUGGUUUAAGUUAGAUCCUGAUCAAUGCUUCAACCAUCAGUCACACACACAAUAUGGUGUGUGAACAAUGCGAACAAUUAAAGGCAACGUUGGACGAGAUGGAAGAAAGUAUAAAGAAACACUCCAGCCAUCUUUACAGCCAAGAACAAAAGCAUGAUCUUUUUUACGAUUUUGAAAGAUCUAAGAAUAGCAUUUUUCUUUGGAAAUCUCAUGCCUUACGUUCUGUUAACCAAAAAUCUGCUAAACAAGAAGCCGUCCAAUCAGUCCUUGUUGUUAAUGACUGGGCGAUGAAAUUUCUUCAAAUGAAAUACAGAGAAAAACAAAGUGAAUUGUUUGCUAAAAGAGGCGUUAGCUGGCAUAUAAGCAGUGUGAUCUCAAAAGACCAAGAAACUCAGAAAGCUAAGGUCCUGUUGUAUGCCCAUUUAUUAGAUUCGUGUUGUCAAGAUUGGUAUGCUGUUGUAUCUAUUUUAGAAAACCUUUUUCAAAGCAUCAAAGUAAAUUUUCCAAAUUUUAGGCAGGCAUUUCUACGUUCUGACGAGGCUGGCUGCUACCAUUGCAAUCAGCAGCCAUCAAAGAUAUUGGAGAUCGAGUGGGAAUUACAGUUGCACGUUAUGAUUUUUCAGAACCCCAGCUAGGAAAGUUUGUUUGUGACAGGGUGCUUUGUCCCAAGAAAGCAGCAGUAAGAAAGUAUUGCGCGGAAGGCCAUGACAUCACGAACGAAGGAGCAAUGCACGAGGCGCUUAAGGAACGGGCUGUCAAAGGAACAACAGCGGCUGUAGCCAUUUUGGAUGAGUCAUCCAAAAUUCUUGAGGUUCAGAAGAUAAAACAAUUUAGUGAGUCGCACAACUUUAGAUACGAAGAGAGUGGGAUAAGAGUGUGGAAAGCUUACGCUGUUGGGGUCGGCAGACCUAUCCCUUGGCAAUCUUUGUAA